UUGGUGUUAUGCCAUCGGAUAUGAUUUGAUUGAUCAAGCCUAGAAUAACUGACACGUUUUUUUAAUCUUCGCUGUGGUAGGCUGAAGCAUAGGCUAUGGGCUACAGUACGUAUCCUAUUUGCUGUCACUGUCUCGUCUAAACGGUAUUACGCACAUAUUGGACCUGGAUACGUGGUAUUGAUAACGGUGCGCUUUGGCUAUAGCAGCCCAACCCACCUAAAGUGGAUCAAAUGAAGACUUAAUACGCUUGCACCAUGAUCAAUGUGCUGGCAGUGUGUGUCCAUGCAGACUGUAUUGCAGGCUGAGACUGAAUGACACUGAGGUUUCAAGGCUGUGAGCCCUGUGGAGAGUGGUCAUGACCAGCCAGGGCAGCAGUAGAAGUGGCAGAGGGAGUGGCCAUGAUGCCUCUGCUCCUCCCCCGCCUCAUCAGACUCCUCCCCAGCGCUCAUUCCCCGGUCCCAAGCUGCAGGUGCAGCGCUCGCUCUCCCGCGACACCAUCACAAUCCACUUCUCAGCCCUGGGCAAGGAGGAAGAAGAGGAGGAUGAGGAGUUGUAUGGGGCAGCUGUGGCAUCAAUAGGGGUGGCGGGACCAUCUAAAGGUCAGGAAGGCUCGGUGCCUGAGGAAACCAUGGGAAUUGCGACAGCCCUGGAGGCGAGUGAAGAGCUACUCUUUGAGGCUGGGAGUACUGAUACAACCAUUACCUCUGCUGCAGCGGAGCUGUCUCUAUCCCAAACCCAACCUGUCGUACCCAGCAAACACUCACACACCCAGGCUGUGGCUAUCAUCCCAGCCUCCCCCCACCCCACUCCACCAGCCAGCUCCUCGUGGCCAUCAGAAAAAUCUCCUGUACUGCCGCAUGCAUCUGUUUCCGGCUCCUCCUCUCCAUCAAGGUCUGCGGCUACGUUAUCCUCUUCCAAACCAUUCCUCAGUCUGGUUCGCUCCCUCUCCAACGACGUUGAGUCGAAAGACACCGCGUCCGCCCUGCCCCCUCCACCUGGGCGCCAUCGCCACCUGAUGAAAUCUUUCGUCAAGUCUCUGUCCACCGACACGUCCAAACCUGACCACCAGGAGAUGUCGCAUCCUCACCAACUGGCCCAGACCCUGCAGCACCAACGUCCUCCAGAGUCCAGACGCAACAUGCAGCUCUUCAAGCAGUUCUCCCAGCCCCGCAUGUGUACCCCCACCCCCCCUGUCACCCCCAGGGCUGGGGGCGACUCGAAAACUGCUCCGUCCUCCCCCCUGCCCUCGCCAGAUGGCAGGUCCUUCUUCAAGGUCCAGGAGGUGGAGGCCAGGAUAGAAGAUACCAAGCGCAGGCUGUCGGAAGUGAUGUGCGAACCUUUACAGCUGCUGAGUAAGAUAAUGGGGGAUGAAGGUGGGACAGUGAGUGCAGGAGGAGGAGGAGCCGCCACCUUCACGACCCCCCAUCGAUCCAAAUCGCUCUCCUCCAGCACCUCCGAGCUCAGCACUGUGCCAGCUGUUAACGGGCAUGCCGAAAGCAACAACAACUACAGUAUCAAGGAGGAGGAGGGGGGCGAGCUGGAGGAGGAGACCUCCACAGGCCAAGGCCCAGACAUGGUUUUCUUCUCCUUCCCAGCCCCUGCUCAAGCUCCAGCCCACAGCCAGAACGUCUCCCCCCCUAUUCCCAGGUCGCCCUCUUUGGGCCUGGGCCGCUGCACCAUGUCUGCCCUGGUGGCUCGGCAGGAGGAGGAGGACUUUUGCGAGUUGUACAGCGAGGACUUUGAGCUUUGCACAGACACGGAGACCCCUGAGGGGGAGCGCCCCGAGUCACGGCAGCCUCACACUGGCAGCACUGGUGUCUGUAGCGAGGUGGAGAGUGAAGUGGAGGAGGAGGAGGAGCUGUCCAGCGUGCCUAUGACAGCGUUGGUCUUUCUCACGCAGUUGGUGUACCUCUACCUGGUUUUACCCGUUCCAUCAUACAUGUGUGCAGUGGUCCAGGGGGUCGUGGCCGGGUUCAUGCUGGCCAUCCUGGUCCUCUGGUUGUCUGCCCCUGGAGGAACUUCAUACAGGCUGAGGAAACUCAGACGUAGGGGCCAGCAGUGGAAUGUAGCCCAACUGGACAUCAAAGAACCAGGCGUCUUCAAGGGCUGGAUGAAUGAGAUCCAGAGCUAUGACCCAGAGACUUACCAUGCCACACUGACCCACUCUGUCUACGUACGACUGGAGGGCGCCACCCUUCGACUCUCCAAGCCCAACCGAAACAUUGCACGCCGCGCUACCCACAAUGAGCCCAAACCUGACGUCACCUACAUUAGCCAGAAGAUCUAUGACCUGACUGACAGCAAGAUCCACCUGGUGCCUCAGAGCCUAGCCAGGAAGCGUGUGUGGAACAAAAAAUACCCCAUCUGUAUCCAGCUGGCCAAGCAGGAUGACUUCAUGGCCAAAGCCCAGGGAGACAGGUCCGAACCUGGGGAGGAGAGGGGGACCGUGGGGGUUGAGAGGCUGGAGGGAGCCGGGGUAGGAGAGGAGACCAGGAGACUGCCGGAGGGGGAGCUGACUCUCUACUUGUUUGGGAGGACUGGGAGAGAGAAGGAAGAGUGGUUCCGUAGGAUCCUGAUGGCAUCCAGGUCAAGGUUGGAGGGGAGGAGUGGCAGUCUGCCAAGAGUGAAGAGUGCCUUCCCCCACUCCCACAGUCGCAGUGGCAGUGGCCAGUCUGGAGGAGCAGGUGCAAGCGCAGGAGGAGGAGCAGGAGGAGGCUUGGGCUCCCAGAGCAGGAGCAGCAGCCGGGGCAGUCUGAUGGAGGAGGUGCCCCCAUCCCAUCCCCAUAAUUCCUGGGGAAGUCUGGCUGGGGGUGUCCGUCAGAAGAUGCUGCUGGACUAUAGCAUCUACAUGGCCAAGUAUGUGAGCUCCACGCCCCCCCUGGACAGCCCUACCACCUCUACCAGCCCCCCUGCUCUCAGCCCAACCACCAGCCCAAGAACCAGAAUGAAGUUGCCAAGAAGUCAAGGGGAGCGGGCUGAGCCAGAGGCCUGGGUCAAUGCCUUCCUAGGGAGGAUCUUUUGGGACUUCCUCGGGGAGAAGUAUUGGGCUGACAUGGUCUCCAAAAAAAUCCAGAUGAAGCUCAGCAAAAUCAGGCUGCCCUACUUUAUGAAUGAGCUGACUCUGACAGAGCUGGACAUGGGUGUGGCCCUUCCAAAGAUCCACCAGGCCUCCAAACCCUCUGUGGACCAUCAAGGGCUGUGGUUUGACCUAGAGGUAUCCUACACAGGCUCUUUCCUCAUGACCCUGGAAACCAAAAUGAACCUGGCUCGUCUGGGGAAGGAGGGUGAAGGCCAGGGGGAGCAGGGCAAGGAGGGGCCCAGACCUCGGGCCUACUGUCUGGCUGACAGUGAUGAAGAGUCCUCCAGUGCAGGUUCCUCGGAUGAAGAGGAUCCCCCAGAACUCCUCACCGACAAAACCACCCUGCCAGGGGCAGAAGGCUAUGUGGGAGGCCACAGGCCCAGCAAGAUCAUGCGCUUCGUGGACAAGAUCGCCAAGUCUAAGUACUUCCAGAAGGCCACGGAGACAGAGUUCAUCAAGAAGAGGAUGGAGGAGGUGUCCAACACGCCCCUGCUACUGACCGUGGAGGUCCAGGAGUGUCGCGGGUCGCUGGCUGUCAACAUCCCCCCACCCCCCACUGACAGGAUAUGGUAUGGCUUCAGGAGCCCCCCCCACUUGGAGCUGAAAGCCCGGCCCAAACUUGGGGAGCGGGAGGUAACAUUGGCUCACGUCACCGACUGGAUUGAGAAGAAGCUGGACCAGGAGUUCCAGAAAAUAUUUUUGAUGCCAAACAUGGAUGACGUGUGGCUACCCAUCAUGCAUUCUGCCAUGGACAGUCGUUCCAACACAUACUUUGGUACUGUGACAUCCGAUGCCUUGAGGGACAUGGACCACUCUGAACCUGAGGUCUCUGAUAUGUGAAAACACACACUUACAGUAUGUGUGGAAUACCAUGGCAAUACGACAGAAAGGCACAGGCCCACCUGGAGACACUUGUGGACUUGAGGCGUACUGUUCACUCUUCAUGGCAGUAGUCGAGUCCCAUUGCCGUGGCCACACUUACAUGAAGAUAAAUUGUUCACUUUGAUGAUCAGUAAAUCUGUUGCUAAAGGUAAUAGAUCUGGAUAUCUGAAAGUUGUCUGUUAAACAGGUCCUCAGUUCAUUUGCCAGUCCCCUCGUUGUGAAACAAGAUCAACAGAAAAUGUUGCCUAUGAAGACUCGCAAGAGACACUGUUAAAAAAAAUAUCCUCACUAAAAGAAAAGUAGGCCUAUAGACACAUGAUUGUGACAUGAUAAGAAGGCUUAGAUCACAGGUUUUUCUUCCAACAAGAAAGAUUGCUGUCCCCUGAAUACCAGAUGAACCACAAUACCUGUGAUGUUUAGCAGCUUCACCAAACAACAUAGAUGUACACUUCAGACAAGUGUGUGUAUC